AUGAAGACUUGUUAUUAUGAAUUGCUAGGUGUGGAAGUUACAGCUUCUGACGCUGAGUUGAAGAAGGCAUAUAGGAAAAAGGCAUUGCAGUUCCACCCCGAUAAGAAUCCAGAUAAUGUUGAUGAAGCCACUGAAAACUUUGCCACUAUAAGAGCAGCGUAUGAAGUAUUGUCAGAUCCUCAAGAGAGAGCAUGGUACGAUGCACAUAAGGAACAAAUUUUGAAUGAUUCUCCCAUUGGUACCGCUGAAGAUGGUUAUUAUGAUGAUGAAGAUCAUGUAGUUGAUUCUACGGUGACGGGAGUUACUACUGAUGAGCUAUUGAUGUUUUUCAAUCUUUCUUUAUAUACGAAGGUGAAUGAUUCCCCUGCUGGAUUGUAUCAAAUUGCUGGUAAGAUAUUUAGUAAAUUGGCUAAAGAUGAAGUUAUGUGUGGUAGAAGAUUAGGGCUGAAAAAUUAUGAUUUUUAUCAAGAUGAUUAUUUUGAAAAUGAUAUUAAUGAAAUAGGAUAUUUGAAAGCUUGUGAUAGACGUGGGUUUAACAUUGAUGAUUCCAAUUAUUUGUUCCCGGGAUUUGGAUAUUCAAGCACUGAUUAUGAAUAUUUGAAAAGAUUUUAUAAAGUAUGGGCUAGCUUUAGUACGUUGAAAAGCUUCAGUUGGAAAGAUGAAUAUAUGUAUUCUAGAACAUAUGAUAGAAGGACGAAAAGAGAAAUAAAUAAACGAAAUGAAAAAGCUAGACAACAAGCUAGAAAUGAAUAUAAUAAGACGGUGAAAAGGUUUGUUUCAUUCAUUAAGAAACUUGAUAAAAGAAUGAAAGAUGGUAUUAGAAGAGCCGAAGAAGAAAGGCUUCAAAAGGAAGAGCAAAGAAAGAAAGAACUAAAAGAAAAUAUUAAUAAGAAAAAUAAUAAUGUGGACGGUUCAGAGUUUGAAGUUCAAAGUUGGCAAGCUGUAGAGGAAAAUUGGGAUGAAUUUGAAAAGAGAUACGAGAGAGCAGAUGAAAUUAAAGAUGAUGAAACAUUGGAAACAAGUAUACCGACGAACGAAUCUGAUGAAAUUAUUGUAUAUGAAUGUUUUGUUUGUAAAAAGGUUUUCAAAUCAGAAAAGCAAUUUGAGAACCAUACCAAGACGAAGAGUCAUAAGAAAAAGGUUUAUGAAUUACAAAAGGAAGUAAGGAAAGAAAAUAUGACUUUUGGCUUAGAUGAGUUAUCUGAUUUAGACGAGUUUAAGUCUGUUGAUGGUAGUACAAUUGAUGAAAAUGACACUACUUUGAAUAUCAAUGUUGAUAAAAUUGAUCUUGAAAAACUUAAUGCAGAAUUGGCAGAAAUUGAAAGGCAGCUUGCAGCGUCUCCUUCCGAUUCCGAUUCCGAUUCCGAUUCAGAAGAUAAUAUUGAUGGAAAGGUUGAGGAGUUUGAGAUAGAGAUCGACGAUGUAUCUUUGAAUGAAGAAAUGGACGAUAAAACUGAUGGAGUACAAUCACCAGAAUCUAAUACGGAGAGCAAGCCUGCUGAUAACAAAGAAAAAGAUGACGGUGAAGAUGACGAAGAGGAAGAGGAAGAGGAAGAGGAAGAGGAAGAUGAGUUAACUAAAAUCUUGGCUUCGUUAACGGAGAAAAAAUUCCAAGUAAGUGAUGAAGAAGAAGAUUGGAAUACCAAUAAUAAAAAUAAGAAGAAAAAGAAGAGCAAGAAGCAAAACAAUAAAAGUAAAGAGAUUUCUUCGAGGACUAGUACACCUUCGUUGACUGUAUCGAAAGAACCAAGCACAGAUAAUACAAAUCAAACUGAAAUAUGUGGGACUUGUGGUCAAGUUUUUGACAGUCGUAAUCAUCUCUUCCAACAUGUGAAGUCUAUGGGCCAUGCAGCGCCAACAAGUAAAGUGAAGAAAGCCAAGAAAUCAAAGACGAAGAAGAAGAAGAACAAAAUAUAA